AUGAAUCUAGAUCGUCUGGACUAUAUAACGCCGGGUGUGUCUGAAGUCCACAAUAGACUGGUAGCUGUUUAUUGGACAACACCAGGUUGCGAACUUGUAAUGAUGAAGUAUUUGGUCCUAAUUUGCGUGUUGUGGUUAGCCGAGGCGUACCCGACUUAUCCUUAUUAUGGGACAGAUUUGGAUACAUUGUCUUAUGGAUCAAGUGACAGCUCCCGAGGCGGCAUGGUCCUCAGCCGAUACUACAACCCCUACUACAACCCUCGGGCAGUAGGCGGUGGCAUGGCAGCAUUCAUGUUCAGACAACCCGAGGAGAACCAACCGCCCUCCAGCCAGUACUACUACCCCGACAGGCGCAGACAGGUUCAACCAGAGAUCAACUACCCUCCACCACAACAGAACGAAGUAUUCUUUCCACAGGUCCCAGAAAAACCAAUCGUAACUGAAGCGACAGAAAUCGCUGAUCCAACUGAGAAGACAGAACUAUUUUCCACGACACUAAGGUCUACUAGUCCUGAAAUAUUUGAGCCUGAAAUCGACGAUGAAGAGGUAGUACCGAAGCCUAAAAAGAGGGUGUCGAAGAAGAAACAAGUUAAAAGACCUGUAGACGAUGAAGACGAGGAAGAAAAUCAGCCAAAGAUGCCUGCCGGGGCGUAUUUCCCUAUGUUCUUUGGGUGGGGAGGCAGGUCUGCUGGGAGUCCGGGAGGAGCUACUGCAAUAGCCAACGCUUACAGCACGGGUCGAGGAGGAGUGGCCACCAGCCACGCAACAGCAUACGGGGUGCCCCAACGACCAGAACUGAGAGAGAAGUUACAGCAGUAGAUAAGAUUUUAAUGUAGGAUGCUCCAGUAAUAGAACCUAGUUAUAGUUUUGUUAAGCCAAAGCCUCGAUAUCUUGGGAAUAUUAAAGUUUUAAUCUUGUAUCGGUCAUAUUAAUAUCGAUCGGGUAAAGAUUAACCGAGUUUUGGUUCAAAACAGCGUAUCAAGACAAAAAGAACACAAUUUCACUAUAAUAGAAUUUCAGCGUUAUUUCCAUAAAAUCUGUAUCAAAUUUUAUGAUAAUGCAUCGAAAAAACACAAAAUAAAUAAUUUUGUGGUAAAUAACCAUUUUGGCUUUGAUUGGUAAUUAUUAUAAAGAACCUAUGUCUAGCCAAUUAUCAGAUACAACUUAAAGUUUUAUUACCUCUUUAUAUUAACAAUGGUUCGAGCCUUUUCAUUGGAAUGUUAAACAUACAUGUAAAGCUAUAAAAUGUUUAUACCACGCCGUAAAAAAACUAUGAAAAUAUGUUUUUAAUCAUUUGUAAAUCAACAGUUACAAUUAAUUUUAUUGAAUAAAAUGCUCAAUAUUC